UAUUCUCUUAAAAAUAAAGUUUAUGUUCUCUAUGCUGAGAAUGCUAGAAUGCACCCACAUAGACGGCUGAAUUGCUUGUGCGUGUACUGAUUUCCGCUUAUGCUUCACGUCGUAAUUGCUGAACGUACUCGUUGUUUGGGCGCCAUUGGAGAGGUUGGAAAAUAUAACAAUGAAGAAGAAGUACGCCGGAGAUGACUCUGAAAAUGAAUUUUCGGUAGACGAGCCAGAGGAACUGCAGGGUUCUGACGAUGACUGGACCCCUGGAUGCGGUGAAGGUACAGGAAGACGACAAUCACGUCGCUUAAGAAACUCAACCACUACAAAGAAGCCUCGCCUGGCUGAACCUAGUACCAGUGAAGAGGAAGAAGAAGAAGAAGAAGAAGAAGAGGGUUCUGAUGAAUCUGAUGGUGGAAAGUCCCGUGGCAAAAAGUCUAAAUCUGCAGCCAAAGGUGGAAGAGGGAGACCGAAGAAGGCACAGCAGGUUACUUCCACAUCAACCCCAGCUGGCAAACCAAAAGGGAAACCUGCUGAUAACAUUGUCAGUUGUGAGGCGACAUCAACUACAGGGGCCCCAACGCUUCCCACACCGACUGAGAAGGAAUUUACUUCUGGUGCAUUUGUUGUCUUGAAGACAGAUUUCCAGAAUGGAGGUGACCCUCCCAUAUGGAAAAUUGAUGGAAAAGCUUUGCUGCAGAAGUAUGUCCCAUUUGAACAGGAUGGCAAAACGCUUUACAAAAAUACAUCCACAUACUCUGGUUGGUCUGCAAACAACAAAGAAAUGUACUAUCCAGCACCCAUUGUUUUUAAAAUGCAAAAUCGGAAAGAGACUAUUGUCGAGUUCCUAAGGGAUGCGAUUAAAGAGUGAGUAUAGAUGACAGUGAAUGAUGAGGUGUGGAAGAGAAUGUAAAGAAAGAAGAGGAAAGUCAGUGGCAAAUUUUUCUAACAAAAAAAUAUAUGAUAUUGUUGGUGGCCAGCGAAGAAGGUUUGAACAUAUGAUCGUGUUAUAUUAAUGGAUUAGGACCUUACUCCAUGUUCCCUCUUGUUCUGCCUCAGGUCCUUUUCAUUUUUCCAGUGCAUUAUUUACAGUAGUCUGUGUAUGUAUGUGUGCACAUAUGUAUACAUACAAACAAAGAAACACACAUGCACACUCUUAUUGUCUCUAGAAUCUGAAUUUCAUGCAAACACUACUUCAGGCAAAGUGAGGCAGAAUCAGUAAAAAUUCCCAGCAAAUAGUUUCAUUUUGUGUCCCAGAGAAAAAGUGUGACUAAUUGUUAUGAGUCCUGUAUUGUGAGCUGAAUUUGCUUACCUCAUGAAAAAAUGAAAUGUGUAAAAUAAUUAGUUCAGUAGCAUGUGAGUGAUCUUAACACCCACUUCUGAAGUUGCUUUAUAUGUGCAUGAGUGAACCUUUCUUUUCACAGAAGGAUAUUUUUUGUUUUGCCCUCUCCUUCCACCUUUUUUUAUUUCCAUCUUUCCAGACUUCAUAUAGAUAGCAGAAUUCUGAAUUUUGAUUCAUUAGUCUUUAACUGCCACGCAGGUUGUUUUUCCAUAUGCCACAUCAAAGGUUAAUAAAGUAACAUUAUUACAGCAAAAUCAUUUUAAGGGACCUUUAGGUGUUGUAUUUUUUCAUGUGUUUGUGAGCAUUAGAAUUCUGUACAGUGUUACAGAAGAAAAACAUUUUAUAGUGGCGUUGCCAUGGGGGGAUCUUUGAUAGGUUUUACUGUAUGAGAAUACCUUUAACUUUGUGAUAAAUCAUUAUUUCAGAUUUCAAUUUCUCAAAAAAUCUCAAAUAAUUUCAAUUUCUCGUGAGAUAAGCUGUUGAUAUGUACAUAACGUGGUUGGUAAUAGAUUACAUUGUGAAUGAAAAGCAAAAGGAACCUUGAAUGAUUUUCGAAUGUCUGUCAGUUUCUUAAUAUGGAGAUGAAAUGCCAUUCUAACUCUUUUCCUUCUACAAAUCUCUUGAUAAGCGACUGGGGCCAUAUGUUAUUCUUUUCAGUUCUGCUCAUCACUAUAUGAACCAUAAUGGUACAGUAUUGAGACAAGUAAUUACAUUAGAGAUAAUGCAGUUUAUGCAUUGGUGCAUUUUUUAAUAGGUACAUUCAUUUUUGUCUGGAUACUGAACUAAUAUGUCAUUUUACAUAUCUAUUUAGAAAGAACUAGGCACACAAACAUGCAUCAGGAUAAUGAAAUUAGUAAUGCUCCUUUAUUUUCACAUCUGUUAUGGCAAUUCAUUUGUCCAGGAUUAUUGUUGGUGUUUUUAGUAUAUCUGUAUUAUAAUGUAACCAAAUAUGAUACUGCAGACUUGAAGCGAUAUCUGUGCAAGUUUACAUUUGAUCGUGAAGAGUGCUGUAGUAUUAGAUAAAGGAGCAUUCUAAAUUACAUUCUUUGUGACCUGUAUUUUAAUUUAAGAUUUAAUUUUCUGUCAUUAUUGUACAGUACACAGUAUCUUGAACAGUAAUAAAAAUUGCUGCGACAGAUCAUCUGACCGAUGGAUCGAGUUCUGUCGCUUUACUUUCUAACUAGCUGAUAAACUUAGUACUAUACUGUAUCAUCAAUGUUUCUGAAAUUAUUAUUAGUUGCUUAGUUAGAUGUAGUAUCUGUUUAAUAAGUACAAGAAGAAAAGUAGUCAUAUAUGUUUGUACAAUUUCUAUCCUUAAAUAUUGAAAAUUUUGGCAGUUUGACUUAUAAUGAAGUGACAAAUUGUCUUACUGGGGAAAUGUAUUUUUACAAAGUGUUGAAGAAAGUUCAUAAAUUUGUUUGGAAACAUAGAAUGCAGUUGGUAAAGUUUGUGUAGAUUUCUGUGUAUGUUUGUGAGGAAGUAGGCAAUUUUAAUUCCCCAUUAUGGCACCAUACAUAUACAGUUACAUUCUGUAUUCUGACAGUUCUUUAUAAUUUGCUGUGAUAGGAAAUAGAUAUCUGUUUGUGCAAGGGGGUCAAUUAUACAUUGUAAAGUUAUCAUUUAUGCAGAAAGUGUUCUGUUUCCAUUACAGUAGUAUUUUGUAGUAUUCUUAUUUGGAGCACAGCUUGAGAUAAGUCUGGUCACAGAAUUUUCAUAUAGUGUUUGGAUAGAAAUUUUAUAAAUUACUGUGAAGUUUCAACAUCAUGUGAAAGACACUAUCUCUGGUGUUACUGAGAGAAUCGAUCUGAAAAUUAUGUCAGAGUUAAAUCAUAAAAUGCCCAUUAUGUUUUGAAAUAACUUAACCAAAGGGGUAUAUUGGUAAAGUAAAGUAUUCUCAGAGGUUUUGUAACAUCUUUUUUUAUGUCUUGUGCAAAUUUAACUUGUCUACAGAAAGUUGAAUGUUUUAUUUCAUAAUGUAUUCUGCACUUUCUGUAAUACAUUAAAUUUAAAACAAUUAUCUAGAA